AUGUCGCGUGCCAUGAUGAACACUCUCCGAACAUCGUCAAGAAUUGCGACGUCGUCCCCACUCCAUAGCGCCUUGUCGCCGUCGCUAUCGCAUGCACCGCUAUCUGUCGCCCAGGUUAGGUGGAGCUCACAUUCUCCCUUGGGCUCACCUCCAGCCAAUGCCCGCAAGCCGGUUACCAUCAACACACUCCAGACCCUCUACCGCAAGAACGAACCUAUUACUAUGAUCACCGCCCACGACUUCCCGAGCGCACACGUCGCCGACCAUGCCGGCAUGGACAUGAUACUCGUCGGCGACAGCCUGGCCAUGGUCGCCCUUGGUAUGGAGGAUACUAGCGAGGUUCUGAUGGAGGAGAUGCUGCUGCACUGCCGGUCCGUGGCUCGGGCGACCAAGGCUGCCUUCACAGUUGGGGACCUACCUAUGGGCUCAUACGAGAUAGCCCCCGAACAAGCCCUUGAAUCAGCCAUCCGGUUCAUUAAAGAAGGUCGCGUCAAGUCCGUCAAGCUCGAGGGGGGUAAGGAAAUGGCGCCGACGAUAUCCAAGAUUACCACAGCCGGUAUCCCUGUCCUAGCACACAUUGGCCUCACACCUCAGAGACAGAAUGCCCUUGGCGGCUUCCGCGUUCAGGGCAAGAGCACGGCCUCGGCGCUCAAGCUGCUUGAAGAUGCUUUUGCCGUGCAGGAAGCAGGAGCCUAUGCUGUUUUGCUAGAAGCUGUGCCAGCUGAGGUUGCCGCUCUCGUCACGAAGGAGCUCAGCAUCCCCACGAUAGGCAUCGGCGCCGGUAAUGGCUGCUCGGGCCAAGUCCUAGUGCAGAUUGAUAUGCUUGGCCACUUCCCUCCGGGCCGAUUCCUCCCCAAGUUCGUAAAGAAGUACGGCGACGUGUGGGGUGAAAGCAUGAGGGCCAUUCAGGCGUACGGCACCGAGGUGAAGAGUCGAGCGUAUCCGGCUCCCGAGCAUACGUACCUUAUGCCCAAGGAAGAGUUCUCUGAGUUUGAGAAGCUCAUUGAGCAAAAGAGGAACGCGCAGUGA